UCAUCUCUGCAGAUUCUUCGUGCGAGAGCAAGGUGGUAUGCUCGGAAGUGCGUUUCUCGUAUUAAGAACGUUGGCACAAGAACAGUACAGAUAAAUCGACGCCAUGCCCCGUGUCUACAUCGGCAGACUGAGUUAUCAUGUCCGGGAGAAGGACAUCCAGAGGUUCUUCAGUGGUUAUGGCAAGCUUCUAGAAAUAGACCUGAAAAAUGGGUAUGGCUUUGUGGAGUUUGAGGACACGCGCGAUGCCGAUGAUGCAGUAUAUGAGCUCAAUGGGAAAGAGCUAUGUGGCGAACGAGUCAUCGUAGAGCAUGCUCGGGGACCACGGCGGGACCGAGAUGGAUACGGCGGCGGCGGCGGAGGCGGAGGCGGUGGCGGUGCCGGUGCCGGUGGCGGCGGCGGCGGUGGUGGUGGGGGUUAUGGGGGCGGUGGACGCAGUAGUAGUGGUUACAGCAGCAGAAGCCGUACUGGCAGGGAUAAGUACGGUCCGCCCGUGCGCACAGAGUAUCGUCUCAUUGUGGAGAACCUGUCCAGUCGCUGCAGCUGGCAGGACCUGAAGGACUUUAUGCGUCAAGCCGGGGAAGUGACGUAUGCCGACGCCCACAAGGAACGCACCAACGAGGGCGUCAUCGAGUUUCGCUCGCACUCGGACAUGAGGAGGGCCCUGGACGAGCUGGACGGCGCCGACAUCAACGGCAGGAAGAUCCGCCUGGUGGAGGACAAGCCACGCCGCCGCCGCUCCUACUCCGGCAGCCGGUCCCGGUCUCGCAGCAGACGCCGUUCUCGCAGCAGGAGUCGCAGGAGUAGCCACUCCCGUAGCAACUCCAGAUCCCACUCACGGUCCCGCUCUCGCAGCAAGGGCCGCUCCAGGUCCGGACGCAAAUCCCGCUCCCCGUCCGGGCGCCGGUCUCAUUCCAAGUCCCCCGCCCGCAAGUCCCGCUCUCGCUCCCGGGACAGGAAGUCGCGUUCCCGCUCGCACACCAGGAAGUCCCGCUCGCUCUCCGACAACCGCAGGUCCCGCUCCAAGUCCAGGUCCAAGAGCCGCUCCAAGGCCAAGUCCGAGCGCGACUCGCGCAGCCCCUCCAAGGAGAAGUCCCGCAGUCGUUCCCCCUCCCCCUUGGAGAAUGGAAAGGGAGAGUGCGGCAAGUCCGCCUCCCGUUCCCCGUCGCCACAGGCCGACAGCCGUCACUCAAAAUCCCCUCCCAAACGUUCUCCCUCCCAUUCCCCGUCACGCUCAAAGUCCCGCUCCCGCUCCCGCUCCAGAUCGGCCUCCCGGGACUAGGACCCUACGCUCCCCUGGCUUAGCAGAGCUAUUCCAAUCAAUAAGUGGUUUGAAAUUGGGUUUCACUGACCGGUUGCGGCUCCAGGUGCCCCCAAGGGUUGGUCAGUCUUAAUUUAGUCCUUUCUCAAAGCACUUGGUACUGAAGCUGUUUUCUAAUAAAUAUUGGGGAAAAUCCGUAAAUAUUUUGAACUUUGCAUGAGAAGGCCGGGCAGUAAGUUGGCAGGUUGCUCAAAUACGCGGAUACACUAACUAUUGAUUCAAUUUUGUAUAUUUUCUGAAAUUGUCUACGUUUUCAUAUUGAGAAUGCCUGGCUUGCUUGGUCGGCUUAUGUUUUUGCUAAGUUUUACUGCAGGUGUCACUCUUGGCUGACUGGCUCAUGGUCCUGUCUUGUGUGACACCAGUAGUGUUUUAGGGCUCUUGGUCCCCCUCAUUAAGGCAUCUUAAACCAAAAUUGAUUUCCCUGUUGACCAUGACGUGGUGACAAAUGAAACAUUACUUUUUGUGGUUAUACCUUAGUUGAAUUUUUUUCUGUUUAGGUAAUGUGUACCCGAUCAAAUAAGAUGCCUUAGUUUUCUGGUGUCUGUUGCAGAUGCUUCAUUUGAAAAAGUUUAGUGUACUGUAGUUUGUUUCCUUGGAUUUUUAUUUUUGUAAGUUAGACGUGGCUUGUUAAGAUGGAGGCACUCUCCUUGAUUAUCUGACGGUAGAAUAUGAUUUUUAAAAGUUGUCGCUUUGGCCAUUGAUAAUUUGGACUUGAUACUGUGUACACGAAUCACUUAAUUGCCAAAGUGUAUAACCAUUAAAAAAGCAUGUCAACCUUUCAUUGUACCAUCAUGAGACUUGUAGGUUAUUAAUUUUGCCAGGCAGAACGCUGUUUAAAAUUGAUUUUAAAGAAAUGACUUCACUUUUGUUUGCUUUAAUUUGUAAUGUUUUAUGAGUUUAAUAAACAUUCUUGGUUAA